AUGCAUAAAAUUUAUCCAUGGUUAAUUUUAAUAAAUGCUUCAUUAUGUGUUAUUUGUUUAGGUGGUAAACGUAGAGCAUUUGGUAUAUUUAUAGCAAAAUUACAUUCAGAAUUUAAUAAUAUAACAUUAACUGAAUUAAAUUGGAUUGGUGAUUCAUAUUCAGCAUUAGGUUAUUUAACUACUACCUUGACAACUACAUUUAUUUUAUUUAUAAAUAGAAAAUAUGGUCUUACACAAUUUAUUGGUUCUAUAUUUAUAUUAUUAGCAUGUAUAACAAGUUCAUUUGUUCCUAAUCCACAUUGGUUAUUUUUAACACAUACUAUAUUUCAUGGUAUUGGUUCAUCAUUUAUAUUAAGUACAUGUGGUUUAAUUAUUAAUGAAUAUUUUGAUAAAAAUCAUCAUUAUCAUAUUUUAGCAACUACAUUAGUAUCUGGUGGUUCAGUUGCAUCUAUAUUAUUUGUUGAAUUUUAUGCUUUAUUAAUUGAUCAAUAUGGUUGGAGAUUAGCAUUUAUUAUACUUGGUAUUAUAUAUUUUAUUAUAUUAUUUAUAAGUUCAUUAAUAUUUCGUAAAGAUAUUACUAAAUCAAAUUCAUAUCAUCAUGAUCCUAAUCAUGAUCCUAAUCAUGAUCGUGAUCAUCAUCAUCAUCAUCAUCAAUCUAUGAAUCCAUGGAAUUUAUGUCAAUUAUCAUGGCAACAUAAAUUAUUACUUUUAUUAUGGAUAAUUGAUAGAAUUAUAACAAGUAUUGUUACAUAUGGUAUGUUAUUAAAUUUAACUGAUUAUGUAUAUCAACAUGAAACAUUAUUAACUAAUAGUAUUUUAUUUACAAAUUUAUUUGCAUCUGGUGAAUCUACUACUUAUAUUAUUGGUACUAUAUUAACUGGUUUAACUAAAAAUUUUUUAAAAAAUCGUUUAAAAUAUAUUCUUAUUAUAUCUAGUAUUGGUAUGUCAUUUAAUUUAAUUCUAUGGGAAUAUUAUACAUAUCAUCAUUUAAUUAGUUCUAUAUUAUCUUAUUUAUGUGGUUUUUGUUUAGGACCAUCUAUUACAUUUUUAUAUCCAAUUAGUGAAGAAAUGACAUUAUUACCAGGUUAUAUUGCAUAUCCUUUAUCAUUAAGUGGUAUGGGUAUUGGUAUGUUAUUAUCACCUAUAUUAUCUGCAUUAAUAGCACAAACAUUUAAAUAUCGUUGGUUUUUUUUAAUACAAGGAAUAAUUGUUAUUAUUAAAUGUAUUUGUUUAUUAUUGUCAUGGAAAUUAUUAAAUAAUUUAAUGAAAUUAAUAAAUAAACAACAAAUGAUAAUAAUAAUAAAUAAAAAUGAUAAUGAAGAAGAGAAAAGAGAACAACAAAGAGAAGAAAAAAAAGAAAAACAGAAGGAAGAAGGUCAUGAGGAUGACGACGAUGACAGCGAUGAUGAUGAUGAUCAUUCGUUUAAAUCUCAUAGUGAAACACAUUGUUUAAUAAAUCCAAUGACACAAAAACAACCUCAUUCAAAAAGGAUUUAA